AAGGGCAGUAAAAAAAAUUGAAAUAUUGACAAAUUUAGCCACGACCACCACUCACAAAUCCUCAUGGCGGCACAGAAGACCCAGGCGAGGCCUCUGCCGCCCAAGCAGCCUUCAGAUGAAGCUUCGGAUUCGUCCGAUCCUUCGUCUUCUGAAGCAGAAUCAACGGGCGAGGCUUCUGGUUCCGAUUCCGACUCUCUCGAUUCCCUGGCCUCGCGAAAACGAAGAAGAAUAUCUCCUAUAGACGACGAUGAUGACGAACCUUUUGUUCCGAAACUCUCUGUCCCGUCUCGUGCCUCACGGGUACAGCAAAAGACCCAGCCUAAGGAAGCCAACAAUACUGCACAUAGCAACAAUGGAGCAGUACUGGCUCCGACCGAUCCCCAAACCAGCUUCGCAGCCCUCGGGGUCAAACCAUGGCUGGUGGGCUCCUUGGGGGCCAUGGCUAUAAAAAGACCGACGGGCAUUCAAAAGCACUGCAUUCCAGAAAUACUAAAGGGGAGGGAUUGCAUUGGAGGGAGUAGGACGGGUUCAGGAAAGACGGUCGCUUUCGCUGUCCCCAUCUUGCAACAAUGGGCUGUGGAUCCUUUUGGCAUAUUUGCCUUGGUGCUGACGCCUACGAGGGAACUGGCACUGCAGAUUUACGAGCAAUUCAAGGCCAUCUCGGCUCCUCAGUCACUCAAGGCGGUUCUCAUCACUGGUGGUUCAGAUAUGCGACCACAAGCAACGGCCCUUGCUCAGCGCCCGCAUAUUGUGAUUGCGACUCCUGGUCGAUUGGCGGAUCAUAUACGGACAUCAGGGGAGGAUACCAUUUGUGGUCUGCGACGAGCGCGCAUGGUUGUCCUUGAUGAGGCGGAUCGAUUAUUAGCAAGUGGGAGUGUUGGCAGCAUGUUACCAGAUGUUGAAGAAUGUCUGUCUGUACUUCCUCCACCCUCGAAGCGCCAGACGCUCCUAUUCACGGCCACCGUUACUCCCGAAGUUCGUGCCUUGAAAGAGAUGCCUCAAACCCCGGGAAAACCACCAGUCUUCAUCUGCGAAGUCGACACCGAGACUCUAGCGAUACCACCUUCUCUAAAGCAAAUGUAUCUCCAAGUACCAGUUACGCACAGGGAACACUACCUCCACAUGUUCCUCCUGACGCCCACGAACCUCCCUAAAUCUGUCAUAAUCUUCUGCAAUCGCACAGCAACGGCCGACUAUCUAACGCAUCUCUUGCGCCUUCUGGAACAUCGAGUCACGGCCUUACACUCCAAACUCCCACAACGGCAGAGGAUCGAUAAUCUUGGGCGAUUCCGAGCCUCAGCCGCACGGAUUCUCGUUGCGACCGACGUGGCUGCACGAGGUCUCGAUAUUCCCGAGGUGGGACUGGUGGUCAAUUACGACAUACCGAGGGAUCCAGAUGAUUACAUUCAUCGAGUUGGACGAACGGCCAGAGCCGGGAGGAAGGGUGAAGCAGUCACCUUCGUGGGACAGAGAGACGUGCAGCUCGUUCAAGCGGUCGAGGCAAGAGUAGGGAGACAGAUGGAAGCAUGGCAAGAAGAGGGCAUCAACCUGGAGACCAGAGUUAUUCGCGAAGCAUUGAAGUUGGUGGGAGAGAAGAAACGAGAAGCCUUGUUGGAGAUUGAGGAGGGUCGAGAGGUAGGAGGGAAGCGGAAAAGGGGAAUGCAGAAACUUCAGCGGUAGAUAGGCAGAGUAAGAUCCUCAAUCGCAAGCAAACUUUCGGCU